AGUUUCUGCCAGCGACAAAGAUCCAUGUUGUUCCUUUUUCUCUAAACAGCUGUUGAAGCUGCAUGCUUUUUCCGAUUUUCGUGACUCUAGCUGCCAAUGUACCAGUACUAUGCGGGCGGCAUCCCAUGAAAUGCGCCGAGUCAGCUCAGGUAUAGCAAAGUAAGAAUCUUGAUCUUCAAUAGAGCGACCACGCACAAGCACGACCUCAGAUUUGAUAAAUUCAAGAUGCCGCCGAAGCAGCCUUCCUCCGGGCUGCCCCUGGAGGGCAAGACGUUUGUGUUCACGGCCGAAAUGGAGUCUCUGGACCGUGAAACCGCCAAGGACAAGAUCAAAACGCUGGGCGUAUCAAAAGGGAAAAUCCCCCCAUCCCAUAUCGAAAACGAAAUUUGUGAUGCUGUAUUUCUAUUUGGAAACACAAAUCGACUUGUAAUGCUAGAAGGCCAAGAGCCGCAGGCACAGUUGUGGCCUCGUUUGCAGGCAAUUUGUCAUGCUGUUUCCCAUUUCCAGCUGCUUCCUGUCAUGCUGAAGAUGCAAGACUUCCCCACGCCACCCGGCACUACAGUGCGCAUCUUUUCCCUUCUAGCAUGACAAAGCUGAUUUGUGACUGCAAAUCUGCAUCACAGAUUUUGGCUCAAGACCGCGGCCUUUUUUUUUCAACCUUUCAUUUCUUGGAUUUUUUCAGCCAAACAAAAAAGCAGGUCGCAACAGGGAGAGGGAUCAUGACUAGCCACGUAGAUGUCGUUGAACAUCCGGCAGGAAAAUCCCUACCCCUGCAAGCUCGGGCGACGUGGUAAGGCAGACGGGAACGCCCAAUAAACCUUCACUAGAUCGCAUGCAAACAGGCCUCGGCACCUGUUUGCAUAUCGGUCGACGUGAGCACCGCGGCAGCAUUAAGGUCAAAAUGAAAAAUAGGAAUGAGAUUCAUCGUAAGUUUAGUAAACAAACUGCCGCCAUGUAAAAAAAAAAAAUCUGCAUCACAGAUUUCCGUAUUGAUAUGGGGAGGGGGGAUUUUUCUUCUUGAUAGGGCGGCAAGGCCACGGAUUCCGUCAGCGGCAAGACCUCGUACCUGGUUGCCGGCUCCCGCCUGGAGGGCGCGGGCGCCCCGGGCACCGUGGAAGAGACUUCCAAGUACCGCAAGGCGGAGAGUUUAAUUGCGGAGGGCAAACCCCUGAUCAUUCUGCGCGAGCAAGAGUUCUUGCAGCUCCUCGAGGCGGCCGAGCAGAAAGCCGCCGGUACUUCUGCAACUGGUGGUGCCGCGGCCGGGCGAGGACAACAACUCCCUUCGCCGAUGCAGCAGGGCGGGUCAUCUGCCUCUUCCGGUGCAGCGGCUGCCCGCAGUGCAGCUGGACCUGCGGUCGUGCCCGCGAGUAUGACUACGAAGCCGAAUGAACACAUUCCCUGGGUCCUGAAGUACGCCCCGAAGUCGGUGGACGACCUGCAGGGCCACCAAACGCAGGUGAAAAAGUUGCGCGAGUGGCUUCGAGACUGGGACGACGUCGUGCUGCGCGGGAACAAAAAACCGGCGGGCAACUUCCGCGGACAGGUCGAAAACGUGAAUGCCCGGGGCGCACUCAUCACCGGGCCGCCGGGGAUCGGAAAAACCACCGCCGUGAAGAUUGUGUGCGAGGAGUUCAAGGACACGCACGUGGCGCAGUGGUACAACGCCUCAGACUCCCGGGGUAAGAAAGCGAUCGACCAGCUGGCCAUGGGGCUCGCACAAGUGGCGGGGGUGGACUGGACCGCCGGGGCUACGCUGAAGGAACAGAAAGUGACGAAACGGACAAUCAUCGUGAUGGAUGAAGCAGAUGGUAAGUGCUUCUAAGCAAAAUAAGCCUGCAAGAAGCCAUGUUGUCGGGCGUUACUAUUGGUAAAGUAAGUGCUUGUAGUUGUCUGCUUUUUCUUUCGGAGUAGUACCAUACCAAGAUGGUGCUUUGUUUCUCCAGUACUCGUACUGACUUCUGUUCUCACUGUCACUUUUAGGUAUGGGCGCUGGCGACCGCAUGGGUACGUCGGCGCUAGCAAAGCUGAUUCAAACCACGUCAAACCCGGUGAUUUGCAUUGCCAACGAUGGCAGCAAGGAGCAGAAGAUGCGGACCCUGGCGAGCAAGUGCUACGACCUGAAGUUUUUCCGGCCCAUCAAAACGCAGAUUGCGAAGCGCGUCGCGUUCAUCUGCGCACAGGAGGGCAUUCGCGCGGAGCCCAACGCGCUGGAGGCCCUGGCGGAGGCCACGGGGAAUGACCUGCGCCAAGUGAUCACGCAGUGCCAGGCGCUGGCCGCGCGCGGCACGCAAACCAUCGACGCUGGGGCCUUGACGUUUGCGAACGUGAAGGACAAGGUGAAGCAAAUCGAGAAGGACAUGACCAUCGACGGGUUCGGGGGCGCGAAGAAACUGCUGGACGCGCGGGAGCACAAAAAGAUGAACUUCCACGAGCAGAUUAUUACAGUGAAAAGUACCCCCCACCCCUGAAAAUUCAAAAAUUUGUGAUGCGAAGUUUCCAAAUGAAAGCUUUUUGUCAUGCAUGAAAGAAGUAUGAAUCUUUCUGAUGCAGAGUCUAGGCGUGUAUCGCAUCGCUUGCAUGACAAGCGCCGCUCUUGCUGGAGUCUUUUGCAAUGCAAAUUUUUGCUAUUCACGAUUGGACACCUGUGAUGCUGAUAGAUGCAAGAGAGCGAAUGUUUCAUUUGGAAAGGUUUGCGAAUACAAAUGCUCCGGGGUGGGGGCAUUUUUCAUUGUAAUACAGAUGGACGCCUACUUCGCGGACUACGACCUGGUGCCGUUGCUGGUGCAGGAAAACUACAUCAAGUACUACGAGCAGGCCAACGGCAAAAGCGUGUCCGACGUGGCGUUCGCCGCGGACCUGAUUGCGCAGGGCGACUACUGCAGCAAGGUGCUCCGCAAGGAGAACGCUUGGUCGUUGCUCCCGGACGUGGGCCUGUGCGGCAGUGUGUACCCCACCGCGAAAGUGUCUGGGUUCCGCAACUUCCCAGACUUCCCGCAGUGGCUCGGGAAGAACUCGAGCGCGAACAAAUCGAAACGAGUGGUGAAGGACUUGAGUGAGGCGGUGUGGAAAAAGAGCGGCAUGAACCCGGACCAAAUGAUCCAGACCGGCUUUGCCGAGCUGCUGUACACGAAAAUCAUCGGAUUUUUGAAAAAGGGCGACAUCCCCCGGGCCGCCGCGCAGCUGGACAAGCUGGGGCUCACCCGCGACCACCUGGCGGCGCAGCUUAGCGAAUGCCGCGCGCCAUUUGACUUGCGCGAUGAAUACAAGUUGUUGGAUACCGACGUCAAGAAGAAGCUCGGCCUGGAGCUGAAGAAGCCUGAGUACUAGUUCUGCACGUUUGUCUUUGAGUAGUUUCGUCAAAGAACAAUGCUGAGUGUAGUAUGAGUAUAUGACCACACUACUUAUGUAUCUGAUUGUCUCUGAUGUGCUAAGUGCCGGCCGACACUACAAUUUUUGAAAAUGUUGGUUCUUUCAUGAAUCUCGCACCCUGAAACUGCACCCAGGUACACGAACCAGCCGCUUGGCGGUGGAGCAGUGUUGAAGAGACCACGGAAGGAGAAGAAGGAGAAGGCAGCCCAGAACGACGAUGGUCAGGAGCACGACGAGGAGUCAGAAUCGGAGGAAGAAAGCGAAGUCGACGACGCCGCAAAACUCGACGAAGCACUGAAAGCCGCAAAAGCAAAACCGAAGGGCAAGGCCAAAGCAAAGGGGAAGGCUGCGGCCAAGAAGAAAACAAAAACAUGAACUUGACUCUGAAUAUAAGGAGACCAGAUGAACAUCAAUGAGCAACAAAAAAGAAAAUCUCCACACCAGCACAAUGUCAAUGAUCUGUUGUUGUUGAAAUCCGAUGAUUGAUGUGAGAACAACAACGAAAACUACCAUGGAUUCACAGAAUGAGACACCUCACCAGGAUACGAGCCGAAUGAU